AUGUCACUCCGACUUCCACUUCCGCAAGGGCUCUCCUUUUUCAAAAGUGCUGGGUGGUUUGAAGACAGUAAGGUUGAUUCAGCUGCCAAGCAGCACUUGUCUCCAAAAUUUAAGCUCCAGACAGACAAGGAAGUGUAUAGACCUGGUGAUUCAGUUACCGCGACUAUCCAAAUCUGUAGUCCCGCUAGUUUAAAGGAUGAAGCGGAGGCAGCGUCAGGUGGAGUCAUAUCUCUCUUGGUAGAUGGGCUAUCUUUCGAACUUAAAGGAAUUGAGAAGUUGGAUAGCCAAUGGUUCUCUGUUCCAAAGCCCAUACCAGGGUCUAAGCAAAGGAGAGGUGAAUAUUUGUUUUUGGAUUGUUCGGCACCCUCAUUAGUCUCCAAAGUAAUAAUUGCUUCGGGGCAAACAAAAACAUAUAUUGUACGUCUAGAGCUCCCAAGGAUUUUACCACCAUCAUAUAGGGGCAUCAGUAUUCGCUAUAUUUAUUAUGUUAGAAGUACAUUGUUUGGGAGAUUGAUUGACUUGGGUAAUGAGGAUGAAACUAAAGGCAAUGUAAAUAGUGCGGUUCAGCUGGAAACCCGAGUCCCAUUGCAGAUAUGUGUUUCCCAGAAAAGCAGCACCUUACUAAAUGAAGAAGGUCACAUCUCGUGCUGUGAUUGUUAUAUGGAUCUUUUCAAAGUUUUCAUAACCUUCACAUCUUUGUGCGGGAGUUUUCCACUCUCGGUUGAGCAACUGAGUAUAUUUUGGAGGGAAAAAGAUGAUGAGUCAGAAUGGAUCAAAGCAAAUGAUAAUACUGAUCUAGAAGAAGGAUAUGAUAGUUCGAAAGAUGAAGUUUCAUCGGUUUCCUCAUACAACCCUUCCAAAUCAAAUACGGACUUUCCCAUCAGGACCUCAACAUCGACGCUCUCCUUAUCAUCACGUCUCUCCAUGAAUGAAGCAUUGUAUUCUCAGGGAGAGCGCCCCACUUUCCCGUCAUAUAAUGCAAUUCCUCGAUUCUCAGUGUCCGAGAUUUCUGAUGACCAUGGUGGAGGACCGGUAUCACCUCUAAGGAAGCUAGAUCAUUUGCAUUUGGAUCGUCAUCCAUCAAAUGGCGAAAGAUUUUCUCUAGAUUCUGACCGCCCAAAAGAUGACGUUGGACUCCCUCUCACGCCAAAACAUGUUGAACCAUCUGGAUCAGAAGGCUUUAUGAGAGGAAGAUCAUAUAAUAUACGAAUAGAUGAUCAAGUCUUGCUUCGUUUCUCACCAAAGAAUUCUGACUCAACUUAUUACUUUGGUGAUAUGAUUGGUGGAGCACUCACUUUUUUUCAUGGAACUGGAACACGGAGAUGUCUAGAGGUAUCUAUAACCUUGGAAACAUCAGAAACAAUUAAUCCUCGUGUAAUACACCCUUCACGAAGGGUCUCACCGACAAUAACCAAGGUACACAGCGAACAUCAUGAAGUUGUUGCAGAUCUUCACCAGACAAGUUUUCUCUUUUCAAUUCCUAUCGAUGGACCAAUGUCAUUUGCUACCUCAAAGGUUUCUGUACAGUGGUCCCUUAGAUUUGAGUUCUUCACAACUCCGGCAGGAAUGGACUCAUCACGGUAUGAGCACCCACUUCUUGUUGAGAAAAGAGAGAAGGGGGACUGGAUCCUCCCAAUAACAGUUUAUGCACCGCCAAUGCGUAGACGAGCUACUCAUGGAAGAAACGAUAGAUCUGCAUUGGUUGGAAAUCUUCUCAGCUCUUGA